AUGUUGGUGCGAUGCUACCGGGGCAAGCUGCCGGUGUGGGCCGCUAUGUGCGUGCUGGUGCUCUGCUGGUUCUACAUUUUCCCCGUCUACAAACUGCCCCGCGAUAAAGACAUCGUGGAGGAGGUGCUGAGGCAGGGGGACGCCUGGCAGAAGAACCAGACGGGCAUCGAGCUCUACAGGAAGCUGCUGACGGAGUGCUGCGAUCCGCGCAAGAGGUUUGCGGUGACCAAGGAGAACUCGCCGAUGGGCAAGGUCCUGUGGUACGACGGGGAGUUCUACCACUCGCACGCUGUCAACAAUGAGACCUACCCGCUGCUUGUGAAGGACAACCCUCUGCAGCUGCCGCUGAAGAAGUGCGCGGUGGUGGGCAACGGCGGCAUUCUACGGCGCAGCCAAUGCGGACGCGACAUCGACCGGGCCGAUUUCAUCUUCCGGUGCAACCUUCCACCGCUGUCGAAGGAAUACGUGGAGGAUGUGGGAACCAGAACUCACCUGGUUACAGCCAACCCCAGCAUCAUAGAGAAAAGAUUUCAGAACCUCCUGUGGUCGCGGAAGGUGUUCGUGGACAGUAUGAAGGUCUACGGCUCCAGCUACAUCUACAUGCCGGCCUUCUCCGUGAAGACCGGCACCGACCCGUCUCUGCGGGCGUACUACGCGCUGGCGGACACGUCUUCCAACCUCACCAUGCUCUUCGCCAACCCCGAGUUCCUGCGCACGGUGGGGAAGUUCUGGAAAGCCCGCAGCGUGCACGCCAAACGCCUGUCCACGGGGCUCUACCUGGUCAGCUUGGCCUUGGGGCUGUGCGAGGAAGUGACGGCCUACGGCUUCUGGCCGUUUCCCGUGGGCCUGGACGAGCAGCCGGUCAGCCACCAUUACUACGACAACAUCCUGCCCUACACGUGGUUCCACGCCAUGCCCGAGGAGUUCGUCCAGCUUUGGCGGCUGCACAAAAGCGGCACGUUGCGCAUGAGACUGGGACACUGCCCCCUACAGGAAGGAGGCGGUUAGAGCUUCCCGGGAACGAGUGGAGCCAGAGCGGCCCGGUCGGGGUGGAGCGGGCGGAGACGUUUGAGCAAAGCGGUCGUCACGGACGCGCAUAUUGAGGAACCUCGACGCUGCAUCUGGGGGCCAUGCGUGCUCCUGCUGUCCCGCCAGCUAAUCCAUCAUUACCAUGAGAAUGUCCUCCACCCAGACCAGCAGCAUCAGGGAGAGGACACACACACACAUGCAGCCAAAGACACACACACACACACACACAUUACCCGAUCUGAACAUGUGGCCGUGUGUUUGUUUGUGUGAGGCCUCAGCUGGGACUGAAAAUGUGUGGGGUCGGUUGGGUGGGGGAUGUAUUUUUAUUUCAUUUUUUUCCCUUCUAUGCUGACGACAGUAUCUGACUGAUUUAAGAGGCAGCUGGACCCCC